CCAGUUUAGAUGCACAUCCCCGAAGGGGAUCAACUUAUCUGUGGUCUUGAUAAUGGAAUACUUUGGAUAUUGCAUCCUAUAACUUUGGAACGCCUUCACAAUAUUCCGUACAAACAUUCCACGGAGUCUAUAAUUAAAUUAACAUUCACAGAGUGUGCGGAAUACAUGGCGUAUUCGGAUAAUAAUUUGGUAGUAGCGGUAUUUAAAAAAAAUCAUGACCUAUUCUUGAAUCAUCCAUGGGAUUUCCUUGGAAAGUAUCGUACACACUUGGCAACGAUAACAGACAUAUUGUUUGGUUCAGCUACCUCUAUCAGUAUUACACCUCGAUUAUUCUCCUUAGGGGAAGAUAAGAAAUUGGUUGAAUACGAUCUUAAAAAUAGUGGUCCCUAUCCUGAACCUGGUCUUAUGAUAAGCGAAGUCCAUCAGAUCGAGUGUUCUGCGAUUCCUCUUUGUCUGGCCUGGUACCCUGAAUUUGGUAUCGAAAGAUUUCUCAUGAUCUCUAACUCAGAGUAUAAAUACCGAUUGCUGAACGAUGUUACUAAAAUGAUUCGAGGAACAUUUCUGGGCCCAAUUUUCGGUGCACCAGUCCAACAUUUCGAGGUAUUACACAGUAAAGUAUUUAAAAGAAAUAGAUACGUAGUAUUUGCAACUGAGAAGGAAUUCGGCCUUCAAAUACUUCCUUUCGAUGGCAAUCCUUACAAGACCUUAGGAAUGAUAGGACACCCUCGAAAAAUUACUAAAAUUUGCGUUAAUUGCAAUGGUAACAUCUUGUUUACAUCUGGUUAUAAAGAUCCCUGUGUCUUGAUGUGGAAAAUCGAAUGCAGGUAA